AGCCCUCCUGAGGAGUCCGGGGCAGGGUGUUUGGAAGUUCCCCAAUGACCAGCCCAUGUUCCCCGCAGGAGCAGGCGCAGCUCCUUGACCUGGCGGCCAUGGGAGAGAUGGAGCAACUGCGGCAGGAGGCAGAGCAGCUCAAGAAGCAGAUUGCAGUAACCCCAGAGCCCUCCCAUUCAGGGUCCCCCCCCCCUAGCACUGAACCAGAAUCAGGAGGGAGUGUGGCCUAGGGGUGGGGGCUGGGUUUUCUCUUGAAUGACACCUGGAGACCACUGACCAGCCACCUCCCGAUCUUGGGUUGCAUACUGUCGACCCGAGCCCCAAACCCUCAUCCCUCGAGGCCCACCCCUCCCCUGCCCGUGCCCCUGUCUGAUGUCUGCUUCCCCUAGGGUGCCAGGAAAGCCUGUGCGGAUAGCACGCUGGCAGAGGUGAGCCCUCCUGUCCCCCGGAGGGCAGGGCGUGAGGGGUGAGGCUGGGAAUGCCCUGACCGGCCCCAAGCAGUUGGUGUCUGGCCUGGAGGUCGUGGGGCGAGUCCAGAUGCGGACGAGGCGGACACUAAGGGGGCACCUGGCCAAGAUCUAUGCCAUGCAUUGGGCCACUGACUCCAAGCUGCUGGUAAGCGCCUCGCAGGACGGGAAGCUGAUCGUAUGGGACACCUACACCACCAAUAAGGUGCACGCCAUCCCACUGCGCUCCUCCUGGGUCAUGACCUGUGCCUACGCCCCCUCGGGGAACUUUGUGGCAUGCGGGGGACUGGACAACAUGUGCUCCAUCUAUAGCCUCCGAUCCCGGGAGGGCAGCGUCAAGGUCAGCCGGGAGCUCUCCGCGCACACAGGUUACCUCUCCUGCUGCCGGUUCCUGGACGACAACAACAUCGUGACCAGCUCCGGGGACACCACGUGUGCGCUGUGGGAUAUAGAGACGGGGCAGCAGAAGACGGUGUUUGUGGGCCACACGGGUGACUGCAUGAGCCUGGCCGUUUCUCCCGACUUCAAACUCGUCAUCUCGGGGGCUUGUGACGCCAGCGCCAAGCUCUGGGACGUGCGGGAGGGGACCUGCCGUCAGACCUUCACGGGCCACGAGUCGGACAUCAACGCCAUCUGUUUUUUCCCCAACGGAGAGGCCAUCUGCACGGGCUCGGACGACGCCUCUUGCCGCCUCUUUGACCUGCGGGCGGACCAGGAGCUGACGGCCUAUGCCCACGAGAGCAUCAUCUGUGGCAUCACCUCCGUGGCCUUCUCGCUCAGCGGCCGCCUGCUCUUCGCAGGCUACGACGACUUCAACUGCAAUGUCUGGGACUCCAUGAAGAGCGAGCGCGUGGGCAUCCUGUCUGGCCAUGACAACAGGGUCAGCUGCCUGGGGAUCACGGCGGAUGGGAUGGCGAUGGCCACAGGUUCCUGGGACAGCUUCCUCAAGGUCUGGAACUGAGGAGGUUGCAGGCGAGGGAGGCAGAAGGCCAUGGAGACCCCCAGCUGCAUCUCCUUGAGGUUCCUCUUCUAUAUUCUGGCUGCUUUUCCCACCAAGCGUUCUGUCUGGCCCACAGGGGGGUUUGAGGAGUGUGCCCCUGAGAGACAGCAUCAAGACAGAGGUGGUGUCUUCUCCCUUGGUCUCCCCCUCCUCAUAGUCCCACAGCCUCCCCCUUACUGAGCAAGGACAACGGACCCUCUCCUGCUCCAGCCCUGCCAGGUCCAUUAGAGUCUCCAAGUCCGAGCUCUUUCCCCACGGCCACUACCAAUGCUCUGACCUGGGUGGUUCAGGUGGCUCAAUCUGGACCCUAGCUCUGACCUUGUGACAUCGCUCGGGUGCCGCUGGGGACCUGGUCCCCUUUUCCUACUGUCCUGUGUUCUCUCCUAAAGCACCUGUAAUAAAGUGUAGCGCCAUGCUA